AUGAAAUAAAAUAAAUACAUCAAAAACAUUCAUAUUAAAUCUAAAGAAAUGGCUGAAUAACAGAGAGAAUAAUAAAAUGAAAAUAAAUCCUAAGUAUAAUUAUAAGAGUUUGAUUAUGCAGCUAAACCUUAUUAAGAUUUUGAAUUCAUAAAAUUAAAGAACAUAAGAUCAAUUAAAAUGAGUGACUCUGGUUCUAGAGGAGUGAUAUUUAUAGAUUCUGAAUAAGGUGCAAUUGUUCUUAAGCUAUCAGGUUAAGUAGGGGUGGAACUUUUUCUUAAUAAAUUAGCAUUAGCACUUGACAUAAAAACAACUUAAAUGAAAUGUUUAAAAUGGUGUGAUUUAGAAAUGUAAGAAGUUAGGAAUGACAUUUUAUAUGCAGCUUCAAAUGAUGAAGUUUUAUCACAUAGACUUAAAUAAAAAUUAAAAGUUGCCUAUUUUGAAAUGAUUGAGUAUGUUCCUGGACUUUAACUCUAUUGUUUUUAGGGAGAAAGAGCAAAAAUUAUAUUUAAUUAAGAGAGACUUUUCAGCUUAGGAAAAAUAAUUGGAUUUGAUAUUUUCAUUCAUAAUGGAGACAGAUUUCCAUUACCUAUUUGGAGAAGUGUAGGAAAUGCAUAUAAUAUUAUACUCAAAGUACUUGGUGAAAAUCAACAGGAUAUGUUUAAUAUUAAAAAUACUAAUCUUAAUUUUGAUUGUAUUUAUUCAAUUGAUCCAUAAACAAUUCUAAAAUAAUUAGACUCAUCCAUUUAAGAUAAAAUACUUAGUGCUUAUAUUGAAAAAGUAUAAAAAUUUCUCUAAGAAUUAUGUGAUGAUAUCAAAAAAAAUGAAUCAUAAUCUUUGAAAACCUUUUAGGAUUUUAUACUUGAACAUACUUUAUAUAAAUUAAAUAACAAUGAACUUUAAAUUGUUAUUUAAGGAAUUCUUUAUUAAAUCAAGAAAAUAUCUCAAUUUGGAAUAGAAAAUGUUAUUAAAUUAAAAUAACAACUUUACUUACCUGAACAUUAAGAUUGGAUGGAUUCAUAUAAUUUUUGUUUAAAUUAAAUUCAUAUCGAAUUUCAUUCAAAAUUAAUUCAAGUAUUUGCAGAAAUAAUUAAUACCAACACUGAAAUUUUUUAAACACUAUGA